GUUUAUGCUGUGAGACUACGGCGAUCCUGUCUCUCAAUGGAGUAGCUAAUUUUUGCUGUUUAUUUCAACCAGACCUUUUCGAGUUAUGGAUUCUGUAUACCCACCAACAACACAAGAUGGCAAAGGUGGUCAUGAUAGCCAUGAUGUCACAUCCUGGGUAUCAGUGUGUUCCAAAGGCCUUUGGAAGGUCCAGCGCAGGCGAACAAACAAGGGAGGUCGACAGUCCACUUUUACUGCUGGUGAUGAUGCGUGGUCAUCCAGUGACUACCCAAGAAUGGGUUCACUGUGUCAAGUCCGAGUGUAUCUCAAAGAAAAGCAGAAUGAUGCUGAGACUUUGAUAAUUGCUGAAGAAGACGAGGAACUGUCAGUCAAAUCUAAACAGCCAAUCACAGAGAUUAUAGAAGUGCAUUCUACAUCCGCUCAGCACUCGCAGGAUAGUGUGCUGCAUGUUCCACUUGGUGAAUGGACAAUUCUGAGGCUGGGAGAUGGUCACUGUGAUAUCACAGAAGCAUGCGUGGAGGGAAUGAGAGCUGAAGAAAAAUGCGAGAUAUUGCUGUCUCCACUGGGAAGUGGACCAGAACCCCAACCCAUAUGGGAAGGCCACGCUUUACGUGCCACUGUUGAGUUGCACUCUUUCACACCAGGCAAGGAAUUCUGGGAAAUGUCUCCUGAUGAAAAAUGGGAAUGGGUUCGGUCACACAAGGAGAGGGGCGGAGUGAGGUUCAGGAGUGGGGAUGUUUGGGGGUCUGCAGACAGCUACAGUCGGGCCCUCAAACUGCUCAUCACUCUUCACAUCCAUACCAUAGAGGCAAAUGUGAAAGGAGAAGAUGAAACAUAUAAAAAGCUAACAGAGUCUCUAGUUCCUUCAGCUAAUGAAUACAAAACCAUCAAAGCAGAGCUCCACUCCAACCUUUCCUUGUGCCAGCUCAAACUGAAACAACUGGAGCGGGCUAAGGCCAGUGCUACUAAGGCUACACAGCUAGAACCCAGUGGAGCUAAGGCCUGGUACCGGCUAGGCCAAGCCUGUCAAUUGAUGAAUGAGCUAGAAGAGGCCAGAAAGGCAUUCAGGAGACUGCUGGAGUUACAACCAGACUCACCUGCUGCCCUAAAAGCACUGAAAGAUGUGGAGAGUAGAGAGAAAGAGACAAACUCACAGUUGAGGCAGAGACUCAGCAAGAUGUUCAGCUGAUGACUGUAAAGAGGCAAGUAACAAUGACUGGUUUAUGAUACAACAAACUCCAUUUUCCUUAAUGUCAUGGUUUCUUUCCUACUCAUGUUGACUCAUCAUAAUAUUCAAUUUACAGAAUGUGAAUUAUCUGAAUGUAAAUUUCAAGUAUAUAAUGCAACCUGUAAAAAACUCGUGUCUUGGGACAUCAAAUAUCUGGGAAGAAAGAAGUUGAUGGGGAAAUUCUUUAUUCAACACUAAGUAAAAUGUUUAAAAUCAACUUGUACUGUUGUCCUGUUUUACCAUAUUAGUAGAAAUGUUAUUUUCUAUUGGGCCACUAAGUGUCAGGCUUUGCCAACAUUGAGCCAAAAGGAUACUACAUUUGGGAAUUGAUUGAUUUUGUUUGAAUAGAAUAAUGGUCACUACACAGUCUGGAUGUAAUUAAGUGAACAACUGAUCAACAAAUAUUUUUUUACGUUAGAAUCUUUAACAUCCAUAUUCUGUUAGAAGAGGAAAAUGUAUAUGCGACAUGAGAGCACUGACAUAUUUGAGAACAUCGCCCUGUAUUUUGUAUUUCUGUUAUUGGUGCUGAAUUAAAGUUUAUAUAUUUAAACUCAAUUUGCUUUUGUACGUUGAA